UGUUAUUCAUGUCUGAUAUCCUCCUCAUCUUGAACCAUUUUGGAAUAGUUAUGCAAGUUUGGAUGUGUGUCAUAUCUCUGUUUGUGGGUACUUGUGUAUUACAUAGUUACACCAGUUACUCUGACAGCAAUGACCCUGGAGCGAUAUGUGGCCAUCUGCAUGCCCCUGCGUCAUUCAGAGCUGUGCUCCACACGCAGCACUAUGCAUUGCAUCCUCAUCAUUCACAGCCUCAGCUCUGUACCCUGCAUUGUUGUUCUCUCCACCUUCUUUGCAUCAGCUUCUUUUAGCCUGUAUGAACAAUACAGGCUAUGCUCUGUGGAGAUGUUCAUGUUGUACAGAUGGCAGGAUCAUGUUAGGUCAGCUGUGCAUCAGUUUUACUUCUUGAUUAUGGUUAUCAUCAUUGUAUUCGCCUAUGUUAAAAUAAUGAAAGUGGCUAAAGCUGCAUCAGGAGAGGAUAAAAAGUCGUCAUGGAAAGGGCUCAGAACAGUAAUUCUUCAUGGUUUCCAGCUGCUGCUCUGUCUCAUCCAGCUGUGGUGUCCAUUCAUAGAAACUGCUGCAUUUCAGAUAGAUUUCAUGUUAUUUAUUAACGUCAGAUACUCUAAUUACAUUUUGUUUAAUCUUACUCCAAGAUGUCUGAGUCCUCUUAUUUAUGGCCUCAGGGAUGAAACCUUUUUUCAUGCUCUUAAAAAUUUUGUCUUGUAUAAAAGCAAUAUUUGA